AUUCAAUUAUUCAAGAAAAUGUUGAGGCGGAUUUAUCCGGUGGCGACAUUGCUAAUAGUCGCUGAUAUUGUUAUGAAGGCAUCGUGCACGGAGAAAGGGAGUUUAACCUUUAUCAUAUGUGAUAAUAAAUCGAUGAAGGCCGAAAUAGAAAUGAUCAAAGACAACUUGAAAACUGUAUUCAAUGGAAAAUCCAGUGUGAUCAGCAACAUGGUGCUCGUCACAUUCAACCGCUCAGAUGCACUUGUAAAAAUGGUGGCUACAACUUUGAAUGAAAUGCAAAAAGCAUUGGAAGAUGUGUACACACACAAUACUAAUCCUGAUCAUGACUGUCAAGAAUCAUCAAUGAAAGCAUUGAUUACAGCAUUGCAUAAAAGUAAUCGUGGUUCCCAUGUAUAUUUGUUCACCAAUGCUGCACCCAAGAACUACCAGAAGCUUGACAAUGUCCAAGAACUGUGUCAGAAAAAGCAAUCUCAGAUUUCUUUUGUGACCAUUAAAAAGAAAAUUACAUUGACUGACAAACAUUCAAUUAAAAGCAAAGAUGUGUAUAGAAAAAUAGCCGAGGUGUGUUCAGGACUGGCCAUUGAAUUAAACGAAAAUGAAUUCUCAUCAUCGAUAUUUCCGUUUAUAAGUGAAUUUGUAAGUGGCGAGAACGUUAUAAUUGUUGCGAAGACUCUUCCUGCCGGUGUUUCGAAUGUAAUUUCGUACGACGUAGAUGACCGAAUUGAGCAUGUCAUCGUCUCCGCGUCGGGUAAGAAAGUAGAAAUCACCAAAACUGAACAUGUCGGCGUAAUCCAAAGUAUAAUUUCGUAUAACAAUGUUCAAGCGACGAAGUUGUUUGAUACCAAGCCUGGUAGGUACAGCGUCAUCCUGAAAAAUCCGUCAGAGACAUCCGUCCUUAUAAUGGGCAGGUCUGAUUUCUUUUUCAACCAUGGUUUCUCGAAGCUGAAGCCCAAGUCUUUUAACGAAACUUAUCCCCAGCCAUUAAUUGAUGUAGAUGUCCAUUUCUUAUCAGUAUUAGUUACUGAUGAACGCCAAACAGUGGAUAUAACAAAGGCACAGAUCUUAGGAAUGGACGAUGAACCACUCAUACCAGAUCUUCCUUUGACCAAAAUUUCUAAAGAUUUUUACAUUACCCAGUCUUUUGUUACACCGACAGAAAUGUUUAAAGUAGCGAGUUAG